AGCCAUUUUGGCUCAAGAAAUUCUGGCUCAACGCCCGCGGUCUCCCCGCCCAGCUCCGCUUCUGUAUGGCUGUUGCGGCGAACCAGGGCAUGACAAACCUGUGCGGGAUGGAAUUCCGACCUCUAGCUCGAGUGGGCAUCGACACGGGCUUGAUGGGCGCUGAUCUCGUGUGCUAUGCCGUCGACGGGGCAGAGCUGGUGGAUGAGGAGGAGGAGGAGGAGGAAGAGGACCAAGCCUCGGGUACGUCCAAGGAGAUGGAGGACCGGGACCGCCACCGCAUGGCUCGCGGCCGAGAGCGGCAGGACCGCACCCCAUCCCCGAUGGUGCGGGCCCGCGUCGACGGCACUCCUGACAUGAUCCUGCUACUGACAGAAUUCAGCGACGUCGGCUGGGAAGCCCGGGCCAUGCGCCAAAGGCAGGCGCAGAUCACAAGCCACGUCCAAAGGUUGGUGCGCACCGAGCGGAACCGCACCGUCACCAUGCUGGAGCGCCGCCUCUGCGGGCUGGCCUUCAAGAACCUCUGCAGGCAGCCCUUCGCCAAUCUGCCCCUCGUGGGCGGGCACUCCGCGAGGCGUGCAGUCACACGCGAGUAGGCGCAAUGCAGAGUCAAACAUCGACGGCUGCAGCAGCGAUUUGGCGCACGUCACGCAGGCGUGGGCGCAGGACAGACAUGGUUUUCGUUUUGCGUGCGGGAGUUAGCUGGCCAUAGGGGGGGGGAUCCCCGUCAGGGGGAGCGCGAGGAUUGUGUUGGGGGGUGGGGGUUGAGGAGGAGCCGUCUUCCAUCUAUGAAUGUGGGCACGGGGCGGAAGAGUCAUAGGUCCAUGCGCACGCGAACCUUGAAGUUUGAUUUAUAUGAUUGGAGCAAUUGCCAGUUUACCUUGCGUGCACAUUCUUGGGCAACCGACCAGAAAAAAGUGCGCGCGAGUUGAUUCUAUCACUGGCGCGAGUCCCCGCCAGUGCAAUUUCUUAUAAGUUCACCGCGGAGGCGAUCGCUCAUUGCGCUCGCACCCGUGGGCAAUCAAUCGACCAGACAAGCGCACGCCAGAGUGAUGUCGGAAAAUAUCAAUGUCAUGUCCUGUUGCUCACUCUGUUCACUCUAGGGACGGCGAGGGGUUUCGCCACGCCUUGUGCGCGCACGCUUGGAGUACUGACCAUGCCCGUAUGCGCCAAGCGAUGCGUCUGUACCAGGAUACCUCGUCAAUGUUCGCUUCUCGGACCUAAGGAGUCAGGUUUUCCUCGUUGUGCGUGUGUGGCGUGUCGAACGGCGACCGGCCGCCC